AUUGUCAGUCUAAUACACUGAUUUUAGAAUUUUUAUCCAAAUCGUCUAAAAACACUCUAACGUGCGCAGUUGGCCUCCGUGCCGUCCGUCUUUGCGAAAUGGUCCGCAAAUAAGACUUUCUGCUUGGAAAAAUCCCCAAAUCGGUACAAAGAAAAAGGAAGUAUCUUCCCCAAACUUUCAUGGUACAUCAAAGUUAUCUAUGGAUCGCGCUUCCAUUUUCACCUGAAUCUGCACCUACUUGGUCUUGGCCUGAUCAAUAAAAAAGACCGAAACGUAAAAAGGAGAAGGAGAGAGAGAGAGAGAGAGAGAGAGAGAGAGAGAGGAGAAGAGUCCAGAAGACAAGGUCGUUGGUUCUCUGCGAAGAUGAACGGCGGUGGCCCAUCUGGUUUCAACAAUGCCCCUGUUGCAAGAACUCUAGUUAUUGCUUGCGGCCUCUUCACGGUCAUAUUUGGGAUCCAAGGCCGUUCAAACAAGCUUGGUUUAUCGUAUCAGGAUAUUUUCAAGAAUCUUCAACUCUGGAAGUUAGUUGUCUCGAACUUUGCGUUUUCAUCUACACCAGAACUGCUUUUUGGGCUGUAUCUGCUGUACUACUUCCGGGUAUUUGAGAGACAGAUAGGUUCCAAUAAAUACUCGGUGUUUGUCAUGUUCUCUAUUAUUGUAUCUUUACUAUUUGAGGUCCUUGCGUUAGGCUUUCUAAAAGAUUCCACCUUGAAUGUGCUCACCUCUGGUCCCUAUGGUGUUAUAUUUUCUUCAUUUGUGCCCUUUUAUCUCGACAUUCCAGUAUCAACUCGGUUUCGUGUAUUUGGCCUCCGCUUCACAGACAAGUCUUUCAUAUAUUUAGCUGGUCUUCAGCUUCUUCUGUCAUCCUGGAAAAGAUCUAUUUUGCCAGGAAUAUGCGGCAUCCUUGCUGGUGCAUUAUAUCGUUUAAAUGUCCUUCACAUCCGCAGACUGAAGUUUCCAGACUUUGUUGCCUCAUUCUUUUCGCGCCUUUCUUGGCCAUCCAUGGGGAGCACAGUUACUGCAGCACCAAGAAGAAAUGUCCCCAGAAAUAUACCAUCCUACGCAGCUCGCCAAGUGGAGGCAAGUUACCCAGCUGCUCCCCCGGCUUCCACUGCAGAGCCAGUGGAGGACUCUAUUGCAACAUUGGUUUCAAUGGGUUUUGAUAGGAGCUCUGCAAGGCAAGCGCUUAUACAUGCCCGGAAUGACCUCAAUGCAGCCACUAACAUCCUUCUUGAAGCACAAUCACAUUAAGUGCAUGGCUGAUGGAGAAGGAGGCGGCGGCAGAGGCGGUGAUCAAUCGUUAUCUGAUCUCACUUGUAACCCCCAAAGACAGUUGCUAUAGUGAAUCUUCCGAUUUCUCUGAGAUCAAAUUGAUCCAGUGCUCUAGGAACCCAAUGAGGAACUCGGAAAUUAUUACUUCUUCAAUUUUUGUUCUCUUUUCUUUUAGCCCAUAUAUUCGUAAUCUUAGGUGUGAGUUUCAGUUAUAUCUUUUUUGCAUAGUUAUAUUAAGCUUAACAUCAGAAGGAUGUAAGUUAAACCUCUUGAUCUGCAUGCUUUCUUGUGCAAUAUUAAGAUAUGCAUAGGUGCAUUUCCAAGUUUCAAGCA